CAGGACUACUGGUGCAAUUAUCUCCUCCCUCUCUCUCUAUCUCGUGCGUCUCUCGCUCCCCACCCCAGGAAACCCUCGCCGCCGCUGCCUACGCCGCUCGAUUCCAGCUUGUUCCGGUGGACCUCGUCGGCGCAGCGAACAGAUAAGAUAGUUACUACUCCCUCGAGGCGAGACGAAUCUAGGGUUUCCGCCGCCGCCGGAUAGGGGAGGGGGAAGGGGGAAGGGGAGGAACAGAACCAGAGCCAGAGCGAGAUGGCCGGAAGGCUCCUCGGGCAACUCCUCGUCAUGGGCGGCGCCGUCGUCAGCAGGGCCGUGGUGCAGGCCUACCGCCAGGCCAUCGUCAAUGUACAGAGAACCAGAGCUGCCCAGGAAGCUGUGAACGGUAUUCGAAGGGCGAGCAAGGCCAUGACCGAGCAAGAAGCCCGGCAAAUAUUGGGUAUCAGUGAAAAGACGAGUUGGGAAGAGAUCAUGCAGGUUGCCACGCGGAUGCUCUUUAGACUAUGAUAUGGACAUGAAGGCAUUUGUUUUAGUGCCAAAUAUUACUUACUAAUGCCCGCAAAGUAUCUUGUGUAUUAUAUUUG